AUGGCAGAGGCACCAAGCUUUAAAUUAGAAUAUGUGAAGAAGCUGUUUCGCAGAGCUGAAGAACACUGUAAUAACCUAAACACUAGGGAUCAAGUGUUUACACUCUAUCGCAACAAGCCAUCCUCCUAUUUUGAAGACAUCAAGAGAAAACACGAUAACAUCAUGAAACCUUACCUGAAGGACCAUGGCGGGGAUCCACGCUGUCCCAUAAACAGGACACUGGAGGGUCUGUUCUUCGGGGUGACCCUUUGGGAAGGAAAGCUACCAACCAAAUCACCAUACGGAGACACCAGAAUGCUGGUUCCCUUAGAAGGACUCUUUGAUGACUCUGCCAGGCUGUACUUCGCUGAUUUCUACUGUAUGCGUGGUCAAAGGAAGAAUCAUUACGUCACAUUGGUCAUUACAGAGCAAGGUACAGCAGCUGACAACUUCUGUGAGAAUCACCUUGUUAAACUGGAUAUACGAAAAAACACGUUUUUGAUGAUGGAAGGAGCAUAUGCCUGGACUCCCCGGCAGGACAAAGUAUGGGUUGAAGUCUUCUAUACUAAUGAAGUGAACAUAUUUGGGCUGCGACUUACCAAAACUGAAGUGAUCGGGAAAGGAAGCAGCACAGGAGGCAUACCUAAAUCAAGUGAUUGUAACAUAUGCAAUGUAGAGCUCAGUGACAAAGAACUUUCAAGGACAAAAACAUUGCAACAGAUUGAUGUCUUUCAACUUCAGAAAGAACUGUUAAUGCUUAAAUUACAAAAUAUGAGGCAGGCCACAUCUGAUGAGUGGUACAAGAGCCAUGUUUGUACAUGA